AUGGAUAUCCGCGUGCUGCGAUCGAGCGACAUCCCCCAUGUCCAGCAAACCAACAUCACCAACCUGCCCGAAAACUACUUUUGCAAAUACUACAUGUACCAUGCCAUGAGCUGGCCGCAACUCAGCUAUGUCGCCGUCGAUGUUUCCCGCCCGCAAAAGACACCUUACGACCCGCCCAAGAUUGUCGGCUACGUUCUCGCAAAGAUGGAGGAGGAGCCCAGCGAUGGAGUUCCGCACGGUCACAUCACCUCGCUCAGUGUGAUGCGCACACACAGAAGACUAGGUCUUGCAGAGAAGCUGAUGAGACAAAGUCAACGAGCAAUGGCAGAAACCUACGGUGCCAAGUACGUCUCAUUACACGUCCGUGUAUCCAACAAGGCCGCACUCGCCCUCUACCGCGAUACCUUGGGCUUCAAAGUCGACGGCACAGAAGCCAAAUACUACGCCGAUGGUGAAGAUGCUUAUGGCAUGAAGAUGGUGCUUGAUCACCUGAAGCCCAAGCCCGGUGACUGGGACGAUGAGGACUUCAAAGAGGAGGAAGAGGCUACCGAAGGUGCUGACGAGGGUGAUGCUGUGGGAUCACUGGGGAAGAACAAGGAAGAGGAGGAGCUUUUGAAGAAGGUCAAGGUUGGCCGUGGACUGGGUGUUGGCGAGCUGGUGGAGAAGAACGAUUCUGCGGCAUAG